AUGCGACUCCGCAAAGCCGCCCGAGUCAUUCUUGUAGGGGCGCCCGGAGUGGGCAAAGGGACACAGUCGGAACGCUUGCUUCAGCGGUUCCCACAACUAUCGUCCAUCAGCUCUGGGGAUCUGCUUCGGCACAAUGUUAAGCAGCGGACACCUCUCGGAAUUAAAGUCGAGAGCACGAUGAAGUCUGGAGGGCUGGUACCCGACGACCUCAUCCUCCGACUCAUCAGCAACGAGCUCCAACAGCGCGGGUGGAUCUCGUCAGGGCACCCUUCUGGUAAUGUCAUGACGCUCGCGUCUUCCGCCGCCGCUACGGCCGACGGCGAACCGUUCGACAACAACGACGCCGAAGUUGCCGCCUUCAUCUCGUCGCCGGCCCAUGUGCACGGCUACCCGCAACUCCAAGCGUCCGAGGAUCCCUCUGCCUCGUUCAUACUCGACGGGUUCCCCCGCACGGCGGCACAAGCCGACCGGCUUGACGAGAUCGUGCCUGUCAACCUAGCCGUGUCGAUCAGGACGCCGCUCGACGUCAUAAUAGAGCGGAUAUCCGGGCGCUGGGUGCACGAACCCUCCGGGAGGGUGUACAACACAACGUUCAAUCCGCCCAAGGUCCCCGGCCGCGACGACGUCACGGGCGAGCCGUUGGUGCGCAGAUCCGACGAUAGCGAAGAUGUGUACCGCACGAGGUGGAAGAAGUUUCAGGAAACUAGCGAGCCACUACUAGAACACUAUGCCCGCAAGGGCGUGCUAUGGGAAGUCGAGGGCAUGAGCAGCGACGAGAUAUCACCCAAGCUUUUCCGCGAGUUUGAGCGCCGGUUUGUCGAAUAG